AUGAGUGAGCCUAUCGAUAUCAAGGCGCACGACGGCGACAUUCACAACGAGAAGGGCAUCCCUCAAGUGGAAGACUCCCACAACCUUGACAAUGAUGCGAAACUCGAGGCGUACAAGGCGGCUGCUAUGGAGGCAGAGACCGCGGAGCAGAAAUCGGGUGUGAUGCAGGCUGUCAAGGAAUACCCUAUGGCCGCCUUUUGGGCGUUCAUUAUGUCUUGCACUAUUGUCAUGGAGUCUUAUUGUCUCUUCCUUGUGGGUAGUUUCAUCGCCCUACCUAGGUUCGCGGACAACUACGGUGUGUACAGCCCCGAGAGGGAGAAGAAUAUCAUUGUCGCUAGUUGGCAGUCUGCCCUUCAAAUGGGUGGGCCCCUUGGUGCAAUCAUCGGCGUCCUUGUGGCUGGUCCCCUGACCAGCAAAAUCGGAUACCGUUGGGCAACCAUAACUGGUCUCAUGCUCUUGAACGCAUUCAUCUUUGUUUUCUACUUCGCCAACUCGCUUGCGAUCAUGUUCGUUGCCCAGCUUCUCGAGGGCAUCCCGUGGGGCAUCUUCAUUGCCAAUGCGCCAGCAUACUGCAGUGAGAUUACACCGAUCCAGCUGCGAGCUCCUGCUACUCAGAUGCUGCAAAUGUUUUGGGCCAUCGGCUCCAUCUUAGUAGGUGGCGUUACCUAUCAUUACAGCAAAGUCGACGACGAUGUCGCGUAUAGGAUUCCUAUCGCGCUCCAAUGGAUGUUUCCCACCCCUCUUGCUAUUCUCCUCUUUCUUGCACCCGAGUCUCCAUGGUGGCUGGUUCGAAAGGGACGUCUUGAAGAGGCAGAAAAAGCAGUCGGACGCUUGGGACGCAAAACCAGGUUGAACGCCAGCGAGGCUGUCGCCAUGAUGCGCCGUACCAUUGAUCUCGAGAAGACACUGAAAGAGCCCAAUCUCGUGGAACUAUUCAAGGGUACUGACCUUUACCGUACCCUCAUUGUGUGUGGUGUGUACGCAGCACAGAACCUGACGGGCAACCUCAUCGCCAAUCAGGCUGUCUACUUCUUCGAGCAGGCUGGCAUGGACGUCAAUACCGCGUUCGCCCUGGGUCUCAUCACCUCAGCUCUCCAAUGGAUCUUUGUCAUGCUCUCCUGGAUCCUCACCUCUUACCUUGGCCGACGCACCAUCUACGUAUGGGGUUCCCUGAUCAAUGUUGGCUUCCUGGUCGCCCUUGGUAUCGCAGGCUCCGUCGGCAUCUCGAAAGCAGCCUCCCUUGCGCAGGCAUCCUUGGGUCUCAUUGUCUCCGUCUUGUUCACCUUGGGACCUGCGCCCGCUUCGUGGGUCAUUAUUGGAGAGACGUCCUCUAUCCGCCUUAGGCCUUUGACAACCGGAGUUGGACGCGCUGCAUACUACAUCGUGAACAUUCCUUGUAUCUUCCUCGCAAGUUAUAUGCUCAACGCUGAUGAGGCAAACCUCGGCGGCAAGUGCGGCUACGUCUGGGCUGGUACUGGUUUCGUCUGCUUCGUCUUGGCAUACUUCUUCCUGCCUGAGAUGAAGAACCGAUCCUACCGCGAAAUCGACAUCUUGUUCAAUCGCAAGGUCCCGGCUCGCCAGUGGACGAAGACCGCUGUCGACAUCGAGGCCGACGAGUAG